GUCUGGCCUGCUAUUGGUGGUUGUUUACACAAUGCCCACAGGAGGCGCUGAUUGGUCGUAUUCCUCACGUGACCGACCAACUUUGUACAUUUGACAGCCGAGUAGGUGGGUUUUGGAGAGAUCAGAAAAACGACAGCGCGAUAAAAAUUAGAAUUGUUGCACUUCACAAAUUAAUGAUCAUGAGCUCCUACUUGAUCAAUUCAAAUUACAUCGAACCUUCUUUCCCACCCUGCGAGGAAUACCAGCAGAACGGAUACAUACCCAUGCCCUCUGAUUAUUAUGAGCGGCCGAAAGACUCGGGCUUCCCCCAUCAUGAGGAGGCAUCAUUCCCGCGAUCAAACUACCACGAGCCGAGCUAUGAUUACGGUAAUGUGGCAACUAACGGUCUCAACGAUUUCACCGACCGUCAGCACGCUCAACCUCAAUCCGUUCCGCAGAAUCAUGGACCCCGCCUCAGUACAGAGAGCUGUGCUGGUUCAACUGCAAACAAGGAUUGCAGCCUUGUGACAGAGGCUCUUCCAGGCACACAGAAGGGUAAGGAGCCGGUGGUGUAUCCCUGGAUGAAAAAGGUCCAUGUUAAUACUGUGACCGCCAGCUACUCUGGAGGAGUGCCCAAGAGGUCUCGCACCGCCUACACGCGCCAGCAAGCUCUUGAGCUUGAGAAAGAGUUCCACUUUAACCGAUACCUGACUCGACGUCGACGAGUGGAGAUCGCACACACAAUGUGUCUUUCUGAGCGUCAGGUAAAAAUCUGGUUUCAGAACCGCCGUAUGAAGUGGAAGAAAGACCACAAGCUACCAAAUACAAAGAUCCGCUCUUCGAGUUCUGCGCCCUCCAACCAUCACGUGAAAAUGGACGCCACUCAGCAGCAGCAAACACUACUUCCUACGCCGUGUUCCUCGAACCUAUAGUUUUAGAAACACAUCGGCAAAAACGGAACUGAACAAGAAAGAACACAUAGCAGUAUUGGGAUACUUCACAGGGUUACUUUUUAUUCAGUGUCCUAUGAGGCCACCUCACUUUGCCUUCCCAACCUCCUCCUCUUCCCAACCUCUCUAAUUUGAGCUGGACGCACCCUUACUGUAUAAUUAGAUUUUUUUUUUCUAAUGGAACAAUAUAGUGUACUUUAACUUGGAAAAUGGAUUACGUUCUCUGUCUUUAACCGAGGUAUACCCAGUCUUGUUUGUGAAGAUCAACCCUGAUGUGUGUACAAAUCACUUUGACAUUUUAACAUGAAGACACAAGUAUCGGAACAAUUUCCGAGGGUUAGUCAUCAUAUUUGUCUUAGUCCCGUAUUUUAGUGUAUUAUCUGUAUUUACGCCAUCAAAGCUGUGAAUAUUCGUGUAUUUGGUUAUUUGUAUAUUGGUGAAUGAUGUCAAGAUGUUUAAGUAAGCCUGUAUGUAAAGUAACUGUUACAGUGGAAAUAAUAAAUAUGAGUUUAUUGUGUAUUAUCCCUGUAGGCUAAUCCAUGGAUAAGACUAAGGUGAUAGAGGUUUUUACAUUUACCGUAGUUUACAUGAUACAGUUUUAUUCCAACAUAUCUUCGCCUAUCCAUAAAAUGCUAUGUUUAUAUAAACCAGGCCUAACUUUUCGUUUGUUUGCAAUUCACGCAUGGAAUGGGUAAUUUACAGCAACUUUCCACUUUGGACCGCAAAAUAAUUCCAAAAGCUAUUUAGGACAAAAGUUUAGGUUUGGUUAUUUUAUUUCCAAGAAACUAUGACAUCAUAUGAAAAAAUAUAUACGUUUUACAAACGAAAAUACUUUGCCACCAAAUUUGUGACGUAUGUUUACGUUUUUAUUUAUUGCAGGAAUUUAUUGAUUUUGAACCAUGUUAAUGAAGUAGGCCUACAAUAUAAAAUUCAACUGGGUAUACUAUAUAUUAGUGUUACUUUAAGAUAACUUGGAUUAGCAGUGAGUGAUUAAUCUUCACAAGAUACCAUAUCGUUGGUUUUUCAGAGGCAUUAGCUAUUAAUCUAAAUAUCUAUCUGUAAUAAUGUGAAAAAAAUAUAUAACUUUUUGAACUAUAGGCAAAGCUGAAAGCUAAUAAAUCUAAACGACACUUCAAAAUAUUAGUGAUGGCACUCAACAUUUGUUAACAUUUAACAAUAAUUUAUAGUACAAAUAAACCUUGGCUUUUAAAGAUAUUUUUGUCCGUUUUCAGGACGAGCUAAUCUUAGAAUUUCGAUUUAAAAUUGAUAUCCAUUUUUAUUUGUUAUGAAUUAUAAUUAUGCUGUGCAUAAACAUCAGGAUGUAUUGAAAUA